CGUGCUUCAACUUCCUGCGGGUGAAGAAUUUUUUCAUAAAAUGGCGCUGUCGAGUUCUCGCUGAAGCCAGACUGAUUAGGCCAGUUUUGGGCAUUUGUCAUUUGAUUUUUAAUUAGCACACUGAGUGUACGAUUGAAAUGGGAAUAUCGUCAGUGUCCACGGUGAUCUCGGUACCCCGGGAUCAAAGAAUUCAAGUGUGAAUUUGAAAAGAAGACAAACCUCGCCAGGAAGUCAACAACGAUCGCAGAGUAUAAUCGGAUGUCAAUUAUUUGUUAUCGUGACGAGGCAACUGCACAAAUCGUUGAGCAAUGUCGAAAGUUGACCAUCCAAAGCUUGUAGUAGCGCUGUUCACAUUCAAGGGAAAGAACAACGAUGAGUUAUGCUUCAGGAAAGGUGACAUAAUUACGAUAACUCAGAUGGAUGAUGGUGGGUGGUGGGAGGGCACAUUGCAGGAUAAAACUGGCUGGUUUCCAUCAAACUAUGUCAAAGACUAUAAAAUUCCAGAGAAUAGCCACCUUCCGAUUAAAUUAUCACCUGAAAAAGUGAAUCAAGAGUUAUUGGUGCAACAGAAAGCAAAUCGUGGCGUCGUUCUCACCAACAUAAUAGAAUCAGAGAGAGUAAACGUAGUUGAACUCCAGGGUCUGGUGAACAACUUUUUGCAGCCCCUAGAAACAUCUAGUAUUUUAACAAGAGAUGAGUACAAGCAGCUAAUCGGCAAUAUGCUCGAUGUUUUGGAAGUCCAUCAGCAUCUGCUCACCCUUUUAGAGGCUUCUUCGCUGCAAAGUCCAGACGCGAGAGUUGGUAGUCUUUUUCUAGCUCUUGCUCCGAGGCUACAGUCCGUCCAUGCAACUUACUGCUCUUCUCAUCCACGGGCAGUCUGCAUAUUGGAUAGAUUUAGGGAUGAAUUAAACGAGUUUAUGGAACGUAGCGGGGCUGUUUCGCCAGGUAUUCUUGUACUCACAACAGGACUCAGCAAGCCGUUUCGCCGGUUGGAAAAAUAUUCCGCCAUGCUGCAGGAGCUUGAAAGACACAUGGAGAAAAAUCACCCUGACAGGGGAGAUACACAACGCAGUGUUUCAGUUUACAGAGAAAUCACAGAAAGGUGUAGUGCAAUAAGAAAACAGAAGGAGUUGGCAAUCACUGUACUUGCUGGGGGAAUUAAAGGCUGGGAAGGAGAAGAUCUCCACUCGCUGGGUGACAUAAUUUACGUUGGACCCGUUAUCUUAGCUACAGGAAUCGAACGCAGGGACAGAUACUUUGUACUCUUCUCUACAACACUUCUAGUUCUCAGUACCAGUCAGAGGAUGAGUUCUUUUAUUUAUGAGGGAAAGCUUCCGUUGACCGGAAUUAGCGUGACGAAAAUCGAGGAUACCGAGGAGAUGAAAAACGGUUUUGAAAUAUCAGGUCCAAUGAUUGAAAGUAUUCUCGCCGUCUGCCCGAGUCGAGAAGAGCGACAACAGUGGAUAGAAUAUCUGACGCAAGAUCAGCACAACGGUCUAACAAAAUCUCCGACGACAUCGCACGUGAGUCCACUUCUGAAUGGAAAACAAAUACGGAUGGGGAUGGAGAACUUCCACUCACCAGGGAUUAAAGCACCUUGGUCUCUUGCCUCGCUGCGGCCAGCCCCUCCUCUUUAUUCCUGCAAUAAAAACUUUGGCAAAACGGAUUUGUCGGACUCCGCUGGUUCCGUGCGAAUUUGUAAUGAGCGCCUCUUUGAGGAAGAUGCAAUUAUAUUAAGAGUUAUAGAAGGUUACUGUGCCACCGUCAAUACUCGACUCACAGUACAUUCCGCUAUGCUAGAAUGCGAGGCAGUCCAUAAACCUUGCGAUAGAAUGUCGAUAGUGCAUAAUAGAAUUGGAAAUUGGGAUGCAAAUGAAAACAGGACCUUAUCAGAGACGGUUAAUACUCUGAAAGAGCAAAUUAUUGACCUGCAAUCGCAGAUGGUUCUUCUAACAAAACAACUUGACGAGGAAAGAAAGUCUCGUCUAUCCUUGGCUGCAACUGUUAAACGUAGCAUCGCUGUCAUGGAUAAUUCUGUGUCUUAGAACAGUUCAAACAAAAUCUAUUUUCUUUUUCCUGUGAAACUGAGAAACUAUCUGUAUUGUGUACGUUGUAAUAACGGUGUGCCAUGUGGGUGAACUAACGAUCAUCGAUAUCGCACUAAUUAUUUACUCGAUGUACACACAAAAAUGUGCCUCUUCAACUAGAACGAUAGAUUGUAAGUUGAUCAGCAAUGGAUGAUUAUUACAUGAAAACACGGCAAAGGGGGAAAAUCGAGGUCGCAGGCGCAGCUAGGUGCAAAAUCAUUAUCAAAUCGAAGCAAUAUUAGAUAGUAAAUAACAUGUAUAAUUAAAAUUAAAUCGCUGCAUCUUCAGCAUCUUAUAUGACCUCAAAGAUGCAUCAACAGGAAAUAUCAUUGGUGAGAUGAAAAAUAUUGAAAAUAGAAGAAGCAAGAUUAGUGUAAAUAAAGGCGAGCUCCAAACUA